AUUAUCAUUAUUUGCAAUAAGAUUGUAACCGGAAUAACAGAGUGGAAAUCAAUGACGUCGCUGAAAAUCGAAGAAGGAGACAUACCGCAGCUUGAGGGAACAGUCGCUAUCAUCUCAGGCGCUUCGAGUGGAAUUGGCCUCGCUACGGCAAAACUGCUGGCAACGAAGGGCGCGACAGUCUACAACCUUGAUAUCGACAAACCGGAAGAGACAACUCCUAGAGUUACAUACAUAAGAUGUGACAUAUCUAGUUGGGCAGAUCUACUUGCUGCAUUCGCGACUACAGGACCACCACACAUUGCUGUCGCUAAUGCAGGCAUCGAUGAAGAUGGGACAUAUAUGACCGAUUCUUAUGACGAUCAUGGCAAUUUACUCGAACCGUCGUACAAAGUCAUUGACGUCAAUCUUCGAGGAACCCUCAACUUCACCAAGAUAUCUCUCCAUUUGAUGAAAAAGAAUGCAAUUGCUGGUAGCAUUGUCAUCACUUCGAGUGCAACUGCCUAUCUACCCGAACAGACGUUGCCAGUAUACAGUGGAACAAAAGCAGCUUUAAUCAACUACAUGCGCGCUAUGCGAUCGCUCCUUCGCGAUUCCAACAUCACGAUCAAUGCUGUUGUUCCGGCAGCGACUAUUACAAAAUUACUACCAAUGGACCUAGCCGGCCCGAUACUAGCUGCAGGACUACCCGUUAGCACAGCAGAGUUUCCGAAGAUGACCAUACAUGGCGCCACGAUCCCGUCGUCCACCGCGGACUUUGUCAGAAACGAGGUCCCGCAGACAAUCUUCCGAGCCCAAAUCCACAGAAACGAGCAAGAAGUGACGGCCGAAGUUAAUGACUAUUUCCUGAAACACUGGCCGUUUGAGAAUGAAAAAGCAAGGAUGAAGUUCAUUGCUGUGGGAUUUUCGCGUGUGACAUGCUACUACUUUCCGCUGGCAUUGGACGAUAGGAUAGCUCUUGCCUGUCGCUUGAUCACCCUGCUGUUCCUUAUCGAUGUGAAUGCAGACCAGCUCGAGUUCAUGUCAUUAGAAGAAGGGUCCGCGUACAACGAACGUCUGAUCGCCAUUUCACAAGGAACAACGCGACCAGACCAUAGUGUUCCUGUGGAAUGGAUUACAUAUGACUUGUGGAACGACAUGCGCGCCUGCGAUACUGAGCUAGCGGAUGAUAUGAAAGAGCCGGUCUUCACAUUCAUGAGAGCGCAGGUUGACACGAAGCGCCUAUGUGUAAAAGCCUUGGGAGAAUAUCUGGAAUAUAGAGAGAGAGACGUGGGUCAAGGGUUGCUCUCUGGUCUGAUUCGAUUCACAAUGAGAUUGAGACUUGACCAACAAGAUUUGUAUUCCAUCAAGGAAAUAGAAACAAACUGCUCAAAACACAUCUCCGUUGUGAACGAUAUCUACAGUUGGGACAAGGAGCUGAAAGCAUCCAAAGUCGGGCAUAAAGAAGGUGCUGUGCUCUGCUCCGCCGUUUCUGUGUUGUCGGCAGAGAUGGCGCUGAGCAUACCGUCAACGAAGAGAAUCCUGUGGGUCAUGUGCCGGGAAUGGGAAUUGCAACACAAGCAACUUGUUGUGAACAGGCUGGCCUCUGGUCAAUCUUGUAGCUAUGACUUGCAGAUGUUUAUGAAGGGUCUAGAAUUUCAAAUGAGUGGGAAUGAAGUGUGGAGCUCGACGACUUCGAGGUACCAUCCUGUACAGAUGUAG